UCUUUGAGAAUACGUUUACCCCAAGUACCAUGCCUCAAAAUGGAUGUGCGUAGUCGCCUCAUCAGUGCUGCCUGUUGUCGAAAUGGAAAUGGAGCCCAUGAUCACAUAGAUGCAUGCUCGACCUGUUGACUAUCUAGCUAGUACUGCUCUGGUCUUCAGAGUAUAAGAUAGCCAUCGGACACAUACCGGUACCUUAUCUUCUUGGCGGAAGGACCAGAAGGAAAUCAAAAUGGCAAGCCAAGGAGCAGCCAAGAAGCGCUCCCCAGGAGGCACAGGGAAGAGCGAUCCCAACAGUAGAGGACCGUCGCUGCUGUAUGUGGCUGGCAACACGUACAAAUGCAUACCCGAUGGCAUGGCCAAGUGGAACCGAAAAGGAACGCUCAAGAAAGUUCACGAUUGGACUCUGUUUGUGGAUGUGAUUCAGGGCGAUGCGGAUGUCAUUCAAACGGUGGAAUUCCAUCUCGACGGAUCCUUUCAGCCGCCUCUGUUUGUCUGUGCGAGCCCCGUCCAUGUAGUGCUGCCGGAUGGCUCUCGGGUCACGAGAUUCAAGACACGUCAACAGAGUACAGGAGCCCUCGUUCCAAAGAUAAGAAUUGUGGGAGCGGGUGGAGCUUCUGUGGAAAUUCGUCACCCCAUUUCUCUUCAGAGAGGAGGCAAACGAAACAAGUCACAGAGAUUCACAGAUUCCGCACAAGCCCCGAAAAAGCGUCUGACCAUGGUACCCAUGGUAGAAAAUAGAUCGUUUGGCAUUGAGUUGGAGCUCUCUUGUGCUCUGGGUUCCACAAGGGAAACCAUUGCCCGUUCCAUUACAUCCCAUGCGGGAGUUCCCGUGGAGGUGAUUCAACAGUAUCGAGAUGCUCAUAAUCCUGUCCAAGGAUGGAAGAUUGUUCACGAUGGCAGCAUUGUCUGUAGCCGGCAAGCUCCCAACUGCAGCAAGUUUGAGCUUGUUUCGCCAGUCCUUCAAGGAACACCAGGACUGCAAACAUGCAACCAGGUUCUAGAAGCCCUCCGAGUCACGUCCAUGACAGACAUUUUGGUCAACAAGACCAUGGGCUUUCAUGUGCACAUCUCUGUCGAAGGCAUGUCGCUAGGGGAUCUCCAAAAGAUUUGUCAAAAUUACGUCAAAUACGAAGGCGCCAUGGACUUGUUCCACCCGGCAUCUCGACGUACCGGAAGCUCUGCCAGUAAAAAGUACUUUCAGAGUUGCAAGGCGGCCAUUGUCGCGACUCCAGGUUCCAACGUGCUGGCCGCUACCAAUGGAGAACGCCAUCGUGCCAUUGCAGCGUGUACCACCCAAGAAGAGCUCUGUAAGCUCAUGAACCCCAAGGGACGCUAUUACAAGAUGAAUCUGCAAAACUUGGCCACGGGCCGUCAACCAACGAUUGAGUUUCGACAGCAUUCGGCAACCGCCAAUGCGACCAAAGUCAACGCGUGGGUUCGAUUUUGCAUGGCAUUUGUCAACAACUCGGCGCGUCUUCCGCCGCCAAAAUCGUUGAAAGACAGUCGCAGUGUGCACGACGAGCUCCAGUUUCUCUUUGACUACGUCAUUAAGGAUCGUGCACUGCAACGAUUCUUGACCGAGCGCAUGGAUCAACUCGCUGCUAGUGGAACAGCGACGACGACAACACACGGUGAUGAACCUUGCUGUGGGGGCUGUGCUCGUGGAAGCACUUGUGAGACGAGUGCGGGACACUGA